AUGGAGCUGGGAUUCUUGGUACUCUUUGGACUUACAGUGACCUCGAGCGCAGGGUUCUCGCUGCCCGUGCCUCGCCCCCGGCCCCUCGCGGAGAGCGGCAGCGGCCGGGGCCCGAGGUUUCCCGCGCUCCGGGAGCGGGUCGGUGCGGAGAGCCCGGGCCGGGCCGCCGCAGGGGGGCUGCCGGCCGGCGGAGGAGGAAAGGCGGAUGGCCCGGGAGCGCCGCGCCGCAGAGCCAAGCGCUGCACUUGCUACACCUACAAGGACAAGGAGUGUGUGUACUACUGCCACCUGGACAUCAUCUGGAUCAACACCCCCGAGAGGACUGUACCAUAUGGGCUGUCUAACUACCGAGGCAGUUUCAGAGGCAAAAGGUCUACAGGAGAGCUUUGCAAGAGCACAGAGUCUUUAGAUUGGUCUUUAUCACGGUGCUCUUGUUUGGACAUACAUGACAAACAGUGCAUGUUGUUUUGCACAAGAACACAGGAGAGCAGAUGUAAUCAGGGGUCACUGAAAAAGACAGCAGAGAAAGAGCAACGUAGAGAAAAUGAACAUGCCCUCAUUCAUUAG